CAAGAAAUGUUAUCUACUUUGAAUUUGGCCACACAAACAAAACAGGUGAACAUGAGAAAUCGAGAGGAGCUCAUUGAUAGUGGUGCAUACUACCGAAAUACAGAGUCAAUUGUUGGUUCAUCAAGCGGUGGUAGCAACUCCAAUAGGGGAGUGCGCGGUCCAAUGGAUAGAUUUGUUGUGGAUGUUAAUGUUGACACUCCUGAUACUAUUCCAAAAAAACCAAUGAGCGAAAGAGAAGCUAGAGAUAGAGUUUGCCUAGAUGUGGGAAGAUUUUAUAUUGAGAAUGGUAUUCCAUUUCAUGUUGCAAAUUCUCCUUCGUUCAUAAACAUGUGUCGUGCAAUUGGUAAUUUUGGCAGGGGUUUUAAGCCACCUACACCGUAUGAAUUGAGCCACUGGAUCUUGGAUGAAGAGGAUAUUGGGAAGCUUCCUCAACACAAGAAUGCAUUGGUGAAAGCAAAGAAGGUGACUCAUUACAUAUAUAAUCACGGAUGGUCAUUGGCAUUGAUGCGAGAGUUUACCAAACGAGAUCUUGUUCGUCCUGCGGCAACAAGCGGGGAUUCUUUGGACAUGACGUUGCACAAAACACUGUGCAUAAACGGAGUCCUGUUGAUUGGUGGACCCAAUAUGGAGAUGAGACUCCUGAACUAAUGGCAUGUGCGAUCAGAAUCUUAAGUCUUACAUGUUCGUCAUCUGCGUGUGAAAGAAAUUGGAGCACACUUAAUCAGAUCCAUACGAAGAAGAGAAAUCGCUUGCAUACCAAGAAUUUGAAUAAAAUGGUUUACGUGAU